GUGUGCAAGUCCCCAGUCAUUUCUCGUUUUCCGCCUUGUCGAUAUCUUUCGUGGGAGACAUCAAGUCUCCAGUGGUAUAACGUUUGUAGUAGGUUUCUAAUUGAAGUUAUAUUCGGGGGCCCAUUGCGCCGUGAGGAACCUUCUCAAUCUUGAGGCAUGCCUGAAGCUACAGAGCAGGGUAACCAUCCCAAUCCUAAGCCAGCCGCUCAGGCGCAGGGUGGUCAAGGAUCGAGUGGAAACCGCUCAGGCAAUCGUGGAGCACGAGGCGGAGGCCAUAGGGCAACCAAUCGAUCGCAUAACCAAGAUCAUCAGCGGCAUGGAGGUAAUCGCAAACCUCCACCUGGUAUAGGUGGUGAGGAACACGGCAAGGGGACUUACCACAGUAGAAGUCAUGAUGGCGGAGGCAGUCAGAGACAUUCCGAUGGCAACCAGACGACAGGUAGACGUUCGGAGCAGAAGGGUAACGCACGCCACAGUGAUGGGUCAAGUUCUCGCUCUUCUCAGCAGUCUCAUAUGAGGUCUCAGUCCGCUGCUCGUCAUCUGGAAAGCGAUCAGACAUCUCAUAGAGGAAAGCCACCCGGAUCGGCUCAAAUGGGCGCAAAGUUUCAGCCUUCCAUAGAGCAGAAAUCGCCAGGACAACGUCCAGUUGAUGAUGAAAAGGGAAACUCACUAUUACCUCACACAAAUGAUCCAUCAGAGCCACGAGAGAGCGGUCCUGUUGAGCCUACCCUUACAGAUCCUUGCAUUGUUGAACAGAAAGAGCUGACGGUAGAGGAGCAGCAACAACAAGCCCAGCACAUACACAUGCAAAUGCAGCAGCAACAGUUUCUGCAGUUGGCACUAGCUCAGCAACUCUACUUCCAGCAGAUCCAACAGCAGGCUGUGAGGGUGGCAGCCAUGAUGGCAGCUCAACAGCAACUGCAGCAGGAACAAACAGAGACUAAACAAGGAGAAGGAGAGAGACCAGACUAUGCUGCUGUAGACAAGCAUCAGCCAAUAGAAAAUUCAACAGAAAAGCAAAGUGAAGGACAUGGUGAAGGUGCAAGUAGUAAAUCCCAGGUGGGUACUUUUAAGCCUGUGCCCUUUGACAUUGUCCUUCCAAUGCCUGAAUCAGGUCAGCAGAUGGUCAGUGAUGAUGUUAGUGAACAAGAGCUGGCCAGGCACUUGGAUAUGUUUAUGAAGGAACAGGGUCUUGUAACAGGAAAUGACGUAUCAAGUAGGAUACCAGAUCAUAGUGUGUUUCGGCAACAAUUUGUUGACCAGGCAAACAGCCAUGUGGCUCGCGAGGCAGAUCUGGUGCAUCCACAAUACACACAGGAACUAUCUGCAUUUAGUAGAACAAGUGAGGGAUAUAAGAUAGACACUCCUCUUGUCAGUAGUGCUGCAGGGACUUCUGCUUUCUCUUCUUCUGGCACAUCUCGUGAUCCAUUAUUCUUUACUCAUCCAGCUCAUUCUUCUGAGACUGCUGCGUCUACAUCUCAUCUAAUUACUACACAACCGCCUGUGGAAGAUGAUUUGUUGACUGUGUCUCACUCGUAUUCUUGUACUCCUCCUCUUCAACCAACCAACACUGCUGUAUACAAUGGCCACUCGACCAGUAGUCCAUUUGACUUUGUUCAUGAUAGUCCUGGAUGUACAUUCACAGGUCUUUCUGAUCAUAGCUCUGAACAUUCUUGGUUGGGUGAUAGUGAACCUCAGUUAACCUCAUUGACAUCAGAAUCUGCUGCGUUUGAGACUGUUGGUGUUACUGUCCGUCCAGUUGGAAGGGUAACAGAUUCUACAAGUCAGCCUGACACCAGAAGACAGCGAAAGGGUGCAAGCCACAAGCCUUCUCCAAGGCAGGUUACCCUUGAAGUUGGUGGAAGAAUGUUCUAUGUUUAUCCUGCUACAUUUCAGUCAUACCCUGACAGUCUGCUUAAUCAAGUACUAAAUGGAUCAAAACCAGUGAAGCUCAAUGAGAAGUGGCAUCAUGUUUGGAGAUGGGAAGUAGAUCGUCUGUACGCAUGCAGUGCGGCGGGACGGAUGGACGCACCGAAGCUGCCGGACGGGUGCGAUUUCGACUGGCUCACGCUCGACUUGCCGGGGACCCCUCUCGGGGACUCAACUCGGGUGGGCUUUGUUCCGUCGUGGAAGUUGCAUCAUGCUCUAGACAGGAAAUGGACUCGGAACUGGUUAGAUUUCCACUGCCCACCGUGUGUGCUCGGACUUCGGGUGUAGGCUAGUGUGUAUAAAGACAAUUAAGGGCAGUUUGUAAAUGUCGAUAGCAUUUCAGUUAGCAAAUUUUAUGUUUGUAGAUGAUGAAGGUUAUCUCUUUUCAAAGUAAGAAUAUUAUCGAUGA